AUGAGGCGUGCCGACGGCCCAGCGAUUACCGGCCCGGGCGAAUGUGAACGCGUUAUGUAUGCUGGUGAGCGGCAGUUCAAAGUUGUGCAGAGCUGGAGACUGAAGGAGGGACGCGGCGUUGAGAUCACUACCAAGCUCUUCGACCCCAAGGCUGGCAAGCGCGCAGCUGCUAGAAACAGCGGAACCUCGGAGGCUUGUAAAGCAGAUUUGUCCAAGGUGGCCCGCGAAAAAGCUGACGAGAUCAUGAAGGGCAAGCGAGAGGCAGCUCGGAGAGCGGGCGGCGGCGGCGAGGCAGCUUUCUCCAAAUUUUUCGAGUGGCCGGACUACAUCAACUCCAAGAGGAUCUGGAAAUCGGAGAAGGGCGAGGACAUCAAGGACCCUGGCCGCACUCUGUUCCUCUCGACACGGUCAUGCGACUGUCGGUGGUGCAGCGCCCCUGACGGACAAGCGGCGUGGAAGGGGAUGUGGGAACACCUGGGGACGUUUUCGGAAGCGCUGGCAUGCCCAAAGGUAGACCUACGAGAGGGGAACCCGGAGGAUGAGGUUGGCUUCAUGGGACGGAAGCCGGCCUGCAGUGCUAUGGAGUGCACGCUCUGUGGGUUUGGGAAGGAAGGGGGCAUCCCGACCUGCAAGGCGCUGGAAACGUCGCAACAGGUUGUCAAAUGGACCCGGUAUGAAGACACUGAGAGGCCCGGGAAGAAGCCCCUGCAAAACCAACAAGUCGAGAAGGAGGGCAAGCUCUGCGACGUGUGGGCGGACUUCAAGAAGCACACUACGCUGUACAUCGCUCAUCAUGCGAAGGCCAAGUGGCAGACAAACUCUCGUGGGCUCUGCUUGAGCACGUUUCAAGACGGCGAUAUCGUGAUCGAGACANGGAGGAGGAGAGGGAAAAGACGUGGGGGAAUGGGUCUGCCGGUGCGAGACGGAGCGGCAGGGCGCGGAGGCCCAAAGCGCUUUUCACGUUGGUGGAGGGGGGCGGCUGGUGUGGUGAAAUUCUUGAAAGAGUACUUUGACCACAUCGGGGCUGGGAACAAGGAGCUCGCGGACUACUUCGCCACGUGGUCGCCGUAUCGCAUCCGGCGUGUGCAUGUGAAGCUCAUCGGGCUGGGCGCUGUCUACAGGCCGGAGCAGCAGCUAGAUGGCAUCACAGGUACUCGAGACACCUACCUCUUUGUAGGGGCCAACGCGGGGCUUACGGACCGCGCGACCACGACUAGGCGGGGGAGAGACGAAAGCGUUCCGGACGUGAUGGAGAAAGAUUGGUCACUGGCGAUGGGAACGGACGUGGGGGAGGUGGAGGGGACGGAGCUCACAGUGAAAAGGGCAAGGUCGUAUGUGCCGUGGAGCCCGGCGUGGGAAAGGGGCGGGGCUACGGGAGAGGAGAGCCAGCAUGAAGGUGAGGGGGGGGAUGGGGGGGGGGCGGGGACGGGGCAAGGGGGCGACUCCGGCGGCGUCAAGCGGGGGGGCAGGAACAGGAAGAGGGAUGGCCGCCGCACGGACCCUUGUGACGAGAAGGGAGAGGAGGAGGAGAGGGAAAAGACGUGGGGGGAUGGGUCUGCCGGUGCAAGACCGAGCGGCAGGGCGCGGAGGCCCAAAGCGCUUUUCACGUUGGUGGAGGGGUAUGAGGAAGAGGAGAAGGAAAGCGAUGUGGAAGGGGAGAAGGAGGGGGAGGGGGACGCAGAGGGGGAGAGGGAGGAAGAGGAGGAAGUAGAGUCGGAGAGGGAGGAAACGGAGCGGGGGUGCGAGGUGGUUCGCGCCGAGAAGGUCAUUCUCGCCCACGAGCUUUACACCUCAGCCGCGUCUUGCUUUUGCUCAGCGUGCCGACGGUGCGAGUACAACAUGUGCUUUACGAAUAGCAUGUAUCCGGGGCAAGUCCCUGUGCUUAAAGCAGACAAAGUUGAGGAGACGGUCAUUAGGGUCACUGGGGUAGAUCGAAAGCAAUCGUGUUCGGCAAGGAGGAUUUCUGUAAAAAGAGGGUGCCUGGUACGCAGUUCGACGAUUUUUUCUGCAACAGCACAUAGAAGAAGGUUGUCGGGGUACUGA